CCCACCAAUCUAUACAAAGCGCCGCUGAUUCACUGAUUCCCUCCAUCUCUCUUUUAUUCUUUUCUCUAUCUCCUCCUCCAUGAACCUCCAUUGCUGAUCUCCUCUAAGCCCCCACGAUGCCGUCCGCCCUCUCCUCUCCUCUCCUCCUCCAACCCCCCAUCGCAUCCAAAACCCUCACGCGCUCCCCUCUCCUCCCACUCCGAACUCUAGCCACCCGCCGCCGCAUCGCCACCAGACCCUUCUCCCCCUUCGCUGUUCCCAUCCGCGCCACUGUGGCCAUCGAGAAGGAAACUCCCGAGAAUGAGCGGCCGGAGACGUUUCUCCGUGCCUCCGAUGACCUUCUCUCGUCCUCAUCUUCUUCUUCGCCGCUUUCCGUCCGCGCGAGGUUUGAGAAGAUGAUUCGGGAGACUCAGGACGAGGUUUGCGCGGCGAUUGAGGUGGCGGAUGGUGGGGGGUCGUUCAAGGAGGAUGUUUGGUCGAGGCCUGGUGGUGGUGGCGGGAUUAGUAGGGUUUUGCAGGAUGGGGCGGUUUGGGAGAAGGCUGGAGUGAAUGUAUCCGUUGUUUAUGGUGUCAUGCCGCCGGAGGCAUACCGGGCUGCUAAGGGGGACGUCGGAGGGAAUUCUGGCGCCAAAGCUGGGCCUGUGCCCUUUUUCGCGGCUGGGAUCAGUUCGGUUUUGCAUCCAAAGAAUCCAUUCGCUCCAACACUGCAUUUUAACUACCGUUAUUUUGAGACUGAUGCCCCAAAGGAUGCUCCUGGUGCACCUAGACAGUGGUGGUUUGGAGGUGGAACUGACUUGACUCCAGCCUAUAUUUUUGAAGAAGAUGUUAAGCAUUUCCAUAUGGUUCAAAAGCAAGCUUGUGAUAAAUUUGACCCGAGUUUCUAUCCAAGAUUCAAAAAAUGGUGUGAUGAUUAUUUCUUCAUCAAGCACCGUGGUGAGAGGCGUGGGCUCGGUGGAAUAUUUUUUGAUGACCUCAAUGACUAUGAUCAAGAGAUGCUUCUUGGCUUCUCGACAGAAUGCUCCAAGUCUGUUAUCCGAGCUUAUAUACCAAUCAUAGAACGUCGGAAGGACACACCAUUCACAGAAGAACACAAGGCAUGGCAACAAUUACGAAGAGGGCGCUAUGUAGAGUUCAAUCUGGUCUAUGAUCGCGGAACGACAUUUGGACUAAAGACUGGGGGCCGGAUUGAAAGUAUUCUUGUGUCUCUUCCUCUAACAGCUCGAUGGGAAUAUGAUCACAAACCUGAAGAAGGCAGUGAAGAAUGGAAACUUCUAGAUGCAUGCAUCAAUCCGAAGGAAUGGAUUCAAGACUAACCCAAAUCAUUCAAUGCACACUUGACUUACUUUGGUGGGUGAUUUGUGCCGAGUCGGAUGGCUGUGUUUGUACCAUUAUUUAUGUACAUUUCUGUUGUAUUUUGGUUUGUACGAUAAGACCGAAUAAUUUUUUUUGUGAGUUCACUGCCUCCUUCAAUAAAUAUCGAUGCGGACAACUGCAUCUUCAUUUUA